AUGUCAAUGGAUCAAAAUAACAAUAACAGGGGAAAAACUGAAGCAGAAAUUAAUACAGAAAAAGUUAAUGCUGCUAUACAAGUAAUAGAAAAUAAAAAGAUUGAAGAUAAUAGCAAUACAUCCUCAGUUAAUUCUACUUCAUCUACUACGGGUAAUACACUAUUACAACAUGCCCAAGAUUCUUAUACCAUGGAAGAUGGCACAAUUGUCUCAACUAAGGAAAGAGUUGUUAAAAAGGUUAAUCCUGUAGCAAAAAGGGCUCCCACUGAUGAAGAAUUAUUUGACCCAGUAACAGAUUUACCAAACCAUGAAUUCUUAAAGGAACAUUUUAAAAGGGAAGGACGAUUGACAGAUUCACAAGCUUUGAAAAUAUUAAGUAUGGCUACCACAUGUCUAACUAAUGAGCCUAAUUUAUUGACUGUCCCAGCACCAAUCACUGUUUGUGGUGAUAUACAUGGUCAGUACUAUGAUCUUUUGAAAUUAUUCGAAGUAGGAGGUCAUCCAAAGGAUACUCCAUAUUUGUUCCUGGGGGAUUAUGUAGAUAGAGGUCUGUUUUCAUUUGAAUGUCUAAUAUAUUUAUAUUCUUUGAAAUUAAAUUUCCCAGAUACUUUCUGGCUAUUAAGAGGUAAUCAUGAAUGUAAACAUUUGACUUCUUACUUCACAUUCAAAAAUGAAUGUUUACAUAAAUAUAAUUUGGAAAUUUUUGAAGCAUGUUGCCAUUCAUUUAAUGCAUUACCAUUGGCAGCUAUCAUGAAUGGUCAAUACUUCUGUGUUCAUGGUGGUAUAUCACCAGAUUUGAAAACUGUUAAUGACAUUAAUCAGUUAAAUAGAUUUAAAGAAAUUCCUUCAAGGGGUUUGAUGUGUGAUCUAGUGUGGGCAGAUCCAAUUGAAUCGUAUGAUGAAGUGGAUCCAAACGUAACAGAUGAAGAUGAUGAAUUAGCCAUUAAAUUAAUUAAUGAAAAUGAUUAUACUCAAAUCAAUAAAUAUUUUACUCCAAACCAAGUUAGAGGUUGCUCAUAUGCAUUCACUUAUCAAGCAUCAUGUGCAUUUUUACAAAGAACUGGUCUAUUAUCGAUAAUAAGAGCACAUGAGGCUCAGGAUGCAGGUUACAGAAUGUAUAGAAACACAAAAACGUUGGGAUUCCCAAGUUUAUUGACACUUUUUAGUGCUCCAAAUUAUUUGGAUACUUAUAGAAAUAAAGCUGCUGUAUUGAAAUAUGAAAAUAAUGUCAUGAACAUCCGUCAAUUUAAUAUGUCUCCGCAUCCUUAUUGGUUGCCUGAUUUCAUGGAUGUAUUUACUUGGUCUUUACCGUUUGUUGGUGAAAAGGUGACCGAAAUGUUGGUAGCCAUAUUGAAUAUUUGUACGGAGGAUGAAUUGGAGGAAGAGACACCUUUGAUUGAAGAAGCUAUAGUGAAGGAUCCACAAGUACAAACUCCUAAUGUUACAGUCAGUAAGCCAUCUACAACCAUCGCCGAUGAUUGUACUAAUACUCAAAAGAUUAAAUCUUCUUCUAUUUUAGAUGAUGACAAGAGAAGAAAAGCAUUAAGAAAUAAAAUUUUGGCAAUUGCUAAAGUUUCAAGAAUGUAUUCUGUUUUGAGACAAGAGAGUGAUAAAGUCCAAUAUCUGAAGAGUAUGAACGAUGGUAUGUUACCUCGUGGUGCUUUAGCACAUGGUUCUGCAGGGCUGGAAGAAACAUUAACCCACUUUGAAAGGGCAAGAAAGGAAGAUUUGGUAAAUGAAAAACUACCUCCAUCGUUAGAAGACGUCAAAAAGGAAAAAGAUAAAUAUUAUAAUGAUAUUUUGAAGAGAGCAAAAAACGAUAAGUAA